GCUGAGAUUCAAGAGAAAACACUUUCUCCUGCAACCUCCCAACAUGCAAACCCUAGAACAACAACAAGAAAAACCCGAUGAUCGAAUUCGAUCGGCGCCCAAAAUCUCAUACCCUGAAGAAAUAAUCGAAGAGAUCUUCUCCAGACUCCCCGUCAAAUCCAUCCUCCGGUUCAGAUCCCUCUCCAAAUCAUGGCUCUCGAUCAUCUCCGGUCCACCAUUCACCAAACUUCAGAUCAAUCGCGCCACCCGCACCGCCUUAUUCAUUUCCGUUCGCGAUCGAGGCAAUGGCUACCGACACUUAUUCUCUGGCUCUCUUGACGGCGGUUCAGUCACUCAUCUAAUGAAAAUCGACACCCCUUAUGUUGACCAGAACACAGAAGCCGAACAUUCGAACGGUUUAGUAUGUUUUAGUUACGGGGAUUUGUUUUAUGAUAAUCAUAUCACUUUGGUUCUUAACCCAAGCACGCAUAAGUUUUUUGAACUCCCUCAUCCGGUGGUUUCUGAUGACAAUUAUAUCAUGUGUAACUUCUUCGGGUUCGAUGAAUCAAGAAACGAACACAAGAUUUUGAACAUAAGUCAGACUUUUGAAUCUGAUGCAAUCGAGAUCAUGAUUUUCUCCCUCUCAAAUUACUUAUGGAGAAAGAUCGAUGUGGAUCGUCCUGUUAAUAUUAGUCGGAUUGACACGGGCAUUAGUGUUUGUGUUAAUAGCACCAUACAUCUGAUGCUUGAAGACCCACUGGAAAUUUUGGCAUUCGAUUUAAGAACAGACAAGUUUUCCAUUGUUAAGAUUCCUCUAAUUUCCGGGCUCCAAGAUAGGUAUCGAUGGAUACGCCUCAUAAAAACCAAUGGCUUGUUAGGCAUCGUUUGUCAUGAUCUUGUGGAGGAAGGCAACAAAAUGCACAUCUGGAUACUGCAAGACUAUGAAAAACGAGUUUGGGUAAGAGAAACCAUCAGGUUCCCUGGGUCUUGGAAGAAAAUGGGUCGUCCUUUCCCGUGGGAUUCUGGCAAUACGGACAAGAUUUUCUUUUCCCCAAGUGUAUUGUCUGAGGAUUUGUUUGAAGUACCCGUCUAUGACAUGAAGAGUAGAUGUUUUAAAUCAAUUCAACUCAAUCUUGAUCAUCAAUUUGCAAGGCCAGGAGCGGUGGAGUUGGAGGAAAUCAAGUGUUAUGUUGAAAGCCUCAUUCCCUUACAGAAUGAUACAUGCAUUUGAGUAGCAUCCAGUUCAAUGGAACCUGAACCCACAUCAAACUCAGUGGAAGCCGAACCCUCAUCAAACUCGUACCCAUGAGAAGAUCUAAAUGGAAUUUCCUAGUUAUUGCUUCUUUUUUGGAUUAUGAUUCUUACCCUAUAGGAAUCUAGGGUAUCUUUGUUAGUAGUUUUAUUUAGUUUUGAUUUUUGUAAAGACACCUUUUAGGUCUCUUUGUACCAUGCGGUUCGAUU